AUGAAAUUAUGCUUUAAAGAACAAUUGCGGAGGAUUGGAUUUUCAGAAACAACCGACAUGAAACCGUCGUCUCAACCCGUUAAGACAAAAGGUGCUCCGAAGAAAGUGAGGUCUACGCCAAAUGACAACUCGACAAUACAGUCUCCUUCAUAUUAUGAGCACGUCGACAAACUCUUUCUAGACUCACCUACUCCGAAAUCGCAAAAGUCUCAAAAGAGUUCAAACAAGGGAGCUCACCUAAGAAAACUGCCUCCGACACCUAUUCCAUCGCAAGUUCCGCAAGUAUCGACUCCGAUUCAAGUUGAAGAGGUACAAAUUGCUCCAAAAAUUCCACUGAUUGACGAGAUGCAGAUUUUUAUUUAUAAAUACAUCGACCAGAUCGUCAAUGUGGUGGGGGACGGUAAUUGCGGAUUUCGGGCCGUAUCGGCUCUGCUUGGUAAGGAAGAGGAUUCCCAUGAGCUUGUUUGUCAUGAUCUUAUCGACGAGUUGACUGAUAUGGAGAAAUUGGAGUAA